UAAAUCUGCAAUGUUUAUAUCCAGAUUCAGUCCAAUUGAAUCGAGCACUUGGCUUCACAAACGUUAAUUACUAACGUCUAGUUAUACUCUUCAUUGGAUCGAAGAUAAUUCGCUGUGGAUAUUUCUUCAAUUGUUUUAAUUAUUACAUAUCUACCUGAGAUGUUGCUAGUGAGAUAGAAGUGUUUGUUUCUUCUUUUUUUCACAAGAUAAAACUCGAAUUAUUCCUACCAACUGAUAUACCAAAUAAUAAUAAAGAUAACGAAUUGUGGUGUUGUUUGGACAGUUUUGUCAAUGGACUUUGAAAUAUUGUAACUACUUUUUCUCCAACGAAGCUGACAGUCGUCUGCAACUGAGCCUCGUAAUUAUGGCAACCGAACCUCAGAAGUUGAUGUUUGUACCCUUCAGUAGCGCCUUAGAUGCUGGUUUAUGGUAUAAACUUUCAGAGAACAAACUCAAUGUCUACGGAUUAGACGAAUCGCCGAAACCAGUUUUUGGAUUUUAUUACAAUGGAUAUUCCAGUGGGCCAUGUCGGCUGAGCCUUGAUUUCACUGCCUUUGACAGCAAAGCUGAGGCACCACCACGCCAUUGUAAAGCAGAAGGCUUGUUAUAUCUGGUGAACACCAUUGAAGCAUUCAAGAACUUCAAGCAAAAAGAGAUUUUGCAAGCAACAGCAGAGCAGAUAUUCAAUGAUAUUAAGUCAGGGAAAGCAAUGGAGAACCCCAACCUACUCACUCAGUUUAUCAUGCUGUCCUUUGCUGAUCUAAAGAAGUACCACUAUUACUACUGGUAUGCCUUCCCUUGCAUCUCUUUACCAGACAAUGUCCUUGUUCACAAACAGAGACUACUGAAGGAUUGUUUCACAAAUGACAUGCUUGAAAACCUCAUGAAAGCCUAUGAUGAAUUCCAGUCAUUAAACAAAAGACUGCAAGCCUUUUUUUUAUUUCAACAAACAAAUGAUGGUAAAAUUAUUGUACAUCCUGUCAGCAUGUUGACCAAGUUGAUGUCUGAGAACCAAAAGGUGAUAUUUGCCUUUUAUGAUCCUUGUCCUGCAAGUGAUUUCCCUGGUUGGCCCCUACGGAAUUACCUCUACUUCAUCUCAUAUGUCAUAGGUGACAAAGUGAGUGAAAUUGAAGUCGUCUGCUUCAAAGACAAAAUGCAGAAUGGUGUACGCAGCAUAGCUCACAGUCUUGCCCUCAGCCUGAAGAUUCCACCAGUUUCCCAUAUUACAGAAUGCUCAUCAACAGUAGGCUGGGAGAAGAAUGAACGGGGCAAGAUGGGACCGCGUAUGGUCAACCUAAGUCAUUCCAUGGACCCUAAUAUAUUAGCAGAAUCUGCUGUUGGCCUAAAUUUAAAGUUGAUGCGCUGGCGCCUAAUCCCGGACUUGGAUUUAGAGUUAAUUUCUCAGACCAAAUGUCUUUUACUUGGAGCUGGAACUCUUGGUUGUAAUGUUGCCAGAUGUCUUAUUGGAUGGGGUAUUAGGAAUUUGACAUUGGUGGACAAUGGGAAGAUUUCAUAUUCCAACCCUGUACGGCAGUCAUUAUUUGUCUUUGAAGAUAGCCUGAAUGGCAAAAAACCAAAAGCUGAAACUGCAGCAGAAUCACUCAAGAAAAUAAUUCCAGGUUUGAAUGCAGUUGGUUUGACGCUGAGUAUUCCAAUGCCAGGUCACCAUGUUACAGAUGGAGUCCUGGAGCAAACAAAAAAAGACAUAACAGUUUUGGAACAAUUGAUCUCAGAGCAUGAUGUGAUAUUCUUGUUGAUGGACACCCGUGAGAGUCGAUGGCUGCCUUCCCUCAUUGCUGCAUCACAGCAAAAGAUUGUCAUCAAUGCUGCCUUAGGGUUUGAUACAUUCCUCGUUCUACGGCAUGGUUUGAGAAACCCAGAUGAUGUUGACAAUGCCACAGAAACUGAUGCAGAAAUUCUCAAGGGUAACCUUGCUGGGAACAAACUUGGCUGUUAUUUCUGUAAUGAUGUAGUUGCUCCUGGUGAUUCCACUAAGGACCGUACAUUGGAUCAACAAUGUACAGUUUCAAGGCCUGGAAUGUCCAUGAUUGCAGCUGGCAUAGCUGUGGAGUUGAUGGUCUCCAUUUUACAACAUCCCCUCAGGCUAAAGGCACCAGCUUGUACCAGUACUGAUUCGGAUUUCCAAAGUGAAUCGGAAUCCUGCCUUGGAAUAGUUCCUCAUCAGAUUCGAGGGUUUCUCUCUCAUUAUCAUAUUGUACUCCCAGCUGCCAGGGCAUUCAAAAAGUGUACAGGUUGCUCAGACACAGUGAUCAAAAGUUACCAAAAAGAUGGAUUUGACUUUUUAUUCAUGGCCUUCAAUAUCCCUUCCUUCCUCGAGGACCUGACUGGACUGACUCAGAUGCAAAUGGAAUCCAUUGAUGCUGAUAUCUUGUCACUGAGUGAUGAUGAUGAUGAUACUGGUUCUUCUAUGUAAUGGUUCACCAAGGGACUUUCCCUGUCAGAAAGUAAACUGCCAUCUAUGACAAUUCUGUAUUGGAGAUCAGAGAAGAUAGCAGCCACAAACGAGAAAGGAAAGUGUGUGUGUGUGUGUGUGUGUGUGUGUAUGCAUACAUAAAAAGAAAAAAAAACCCCAAAUAAAUAUCAACUUUGAUCUCCUUUCAGAUUCUUUUGUUUUCUUAUAUUCUUUUGUCCCCGAUCCCUUGUUAUCAAGUACAUUAUGUUAAUAUUUGAUCAACUUUUCUCCUGACCCUCUAUUUUGCCAUUUGAUCACUUUCCCUAUUUGUGGACCAAUAUAUUACUUUCCACCCACUGCCAUGGUCCCUUUUUUUAAAAAUAUUUUUUCAAAUUUUU